AUGACACAGGCAAUCCAGACUUUGUUGAAGUUUUUAGAGGAUUGGGAAAAAAUGCAUAGUAAUGUAAAAAUUCAAAAUGUUUCUACUCCGAAAAAUUCCACAAAAAAGAAUUUAGUGCCUAACCAAACACCUCAAAAUCCAUCAACUCCAAAAAAUCUUAACCUUAACAAAACGACUCCUAAAUCUAAAUCCAAAAAGAGGGACUUUCCUAUCUCUUCUAGCUCUAUAUCGGGCUUUAAAGUUACUUUACGAGCAGCAUUAGAGAUUUCGUCAGAGUUGCAUAAAAAUUACGGUUAUGAAUACCUUUUAACUUCUCGUCUCACUCAGGAUAAUCUCGAGAGAUUGUUUUCAAUUAUGAGGUAUUCUUGUGGGUCUAAUGAUCAUCCAACUCCCCAGCAGUUUGGCCAAGUGUUUCGUCUAUACUGUUGUAAUGCUAUGAUCAAACCUCCGAAAGGCACAAAUGUGACUGGUGUUGAAUUACUACAGACUCUCAUGAAAACAAAAGAUACAUUAGAAACGUCUCGUGAACCUAGAGUAGAGUGGUUGAAAAAAAUUGAUCAGAUGUUGGAAAACGCUGUACCAAUUGAUGAUCUUUGGAACAAUAACUCAUCCAACAAUGUUUCUGAUAUUGCUGACAGUGAAGAAGGCCUAAAUAAUCAAUCUCAAGAAGCGUCGAUUGAUUUAAACAGCUCUGAACAGUCUACUCAAUUAACCCUUAGAACUGAUGGAUGCCUGGAAGAUCAUGACUACGAUGUUGUAUCGACAAGUAAGGAAGUUCAAGCUUACAUGGCUGGUUACAUUGUAAGGAAAUUAAAAUUAAAGUGCAAGUGUUUAUUAUGUCUCAACACUCUUCAAUUAUCUGACAAUGAGUUGAACAGCCGUGACCGUUUCAUUGAUUUAAUGGAAAAAUAUGGAGGACUAUCAAGAGCGAGUGAUGAUUUGUUUAAAUUAACUGAACAAUUAGAAGCUGCUUUCUUGGAUGUUGUUGGCAGAGUAGGACUUAGUCGUGGAAUUAUUUAUAAAAUAUUAGAUAGAAUUGAAACUAAAUUACCUAAAUUAUCGUUCGUGGGUUGUGCGAUUCAUCAACUCGAAAUAACAAAAAAUAUUAUCGAUUUUUACGUCACGAUGCGGUUACAUUUUCUUGGGAGAACGUUCAACAAAAGGAAUCAAUUGAAAAGAGAAAAAAUGAAAGCAUUAAAAAAAACAUCUAAGCUUGUGACCUAA